AUGCGCAGACGGCCCCUCCCCCCAACCCAAACACCGACUCGCCACCGGCUGCUGGCGUUACAUAACCUCGCUGCCGCCCCCCGCCCCAGCCCGCCGCCCCCUCCCCUUGCCGUGCAGCCGGGCGAGUUAGGGGGGGAAAGCCGGUCCCCCACCCACGCCCCCGGCGGCCGCGGUGACACCCAGACGCCCCCGCCUCACCCACCCGCGUCGCCGCCGCCCCCUCCCGAGGGAGGCAGGAAGGGAGCCGCGGAGCCCUCGGGGAGUUCGACGAGGCGGGGAGGGGGGCGAGAGCUGGGGGCGGCGGCUGUUACCUGCAAAGGCGGCGGCGGCAGCCCCGCAGCUGCUCGGGCGGUGGCGGAGGAUGGAGCGGGGGGGCGGGGGGAGGAGAGGGGGCGACUCGGGGGUCCCCCUCCCUCCUCCUCCCCUCCUGUCCUCCCCCCCACCCCGCUGAGCCUCUGGCCCCCUGGAGCCCGGUGCUGCCGGCGGGAGGGGAGACGAAGGCUGCAGGGGAGGGAGGGAGGGAGCCGGCCGAGCGGGCGGGCCGCGGCGCUGGAGCGGGCGGCGGCGGCGGCGGCAGGGCUGGCUCUCCGCGACUGGCGGGAGCGGCUUCCCCGCGCCCCGGCCCCUGCUCGCCGCCUCAGCUCCGCGCCCCAACCGGGCGCUCGUCCCCAGGUUGCCCCGCGCCCCUCAGACCCGCGGCGACCCGCGCCCCUCGGCUUCCUCUCGCGAGAACACCUCCCCUAG